AUAAACUCAGCAACACUAAUUUAAUUUACAUUUGUCGUUAAAAAUGUCCCUUUGUUUUUAUUAAGUUUAUAAUUUUAAAGAUUCAUAAUAAUUUGAAGGCAGCAAUGGCUACUAUUACUAUGGACUCUCCUACAGCUGUUCGAAAAGUGGUUGUUCAUCUGAGAGCCACUGGUGAUGCUCCCAUUCUGAAGCAAGCAAAGUUCAAGAUACCUGGAACUGACAAAUUCGCCAAAGUUAUCGACUUUUUAAGACGACAACUUCAUCGAGACACCAUGUUUGUGUAUGUGAACAGUGCAUUCUCACCAAACCCUGAUGAAUCUGUCAUUGAUCUUUACAACAAUUUCGGUUUCGAUGGUAAACUAGUUGUCAACUAUGCUUGUUCUAUGGCCUGGGGUUAAGUUAACACAUACCAGUGAUGAAGUUCAUUUUAUUUCAUUUCACAGAUAUGGUGCUGGCUGGCAUGAUGGGCAAGGAAGACUUUGAUUACAUUUAGGAAUGAAUAUACCAAAUUGAACAAAGCAAGCACUAAUUCUCUUAUGUAAAAAAAUUUACUGAAAUUAUUCAACUUACAAAGAAAGGUUGGUUAUGGAUUGUGUUGAUAAUUUUUCUCCAUUUGAAUUUUGAAUACAACAAUGGAUAAUAUAAUGAUACCAUAAAUAAAUAGAGCAAACUUAUUUUGUUUUA